AUGAGCAGUGAGAAAAAGUCACGCAACGCCUCUGGGACUCAACCAUUGGAUUCCAUCUCGUCGGCGGCUUCCGCAACGCCCUACACUGUAGAAGUACGUAAUGACAGUCCCUGUUUAUCUGAAAGAAAAUUACAAAAAUGUGACUCUCCUUCUCCUGUUCUCACUGGUGUUUGUGAAGAGGGUAAUAACUGUAGUGACGCUGGGAAUGUAGAACUAGAGUGUAAAGGGACACCACAUACUGUGUUUGAUACUGCAGAGAGGGUCUCUAUAGAUGAACCCGUGCAAAAGCGUAUAUCACCUUUCCAGACUCACGCAGAGGAGUCAGACAAGUCUUGGAAAGAUUAUCAAUUAAGACUUCUUGAAGGUGGCAGAAGUUUUGGUUCCGUUUCUCCAUUGAAUGAUGCCCGACGUUUGUUUAAUCAAGUCCCACACAACUCUAAUCAAGUAGAGGAUAUUUUAUUGGGUAAUGUGGCUUAUGCCUAUUUUACUUCAGACCCAACCGAAACCCGACCAAGUCACAGUGUUCAUAUCCCACAUACUCCAUCUCGUGAAAUGGAUUCCAAAGAAGAAAACCAGAUUCAAGGUGGUGAUAAUGCAAACACUGUGAAUGAGGGAUGUGGUUCGUGGCGUGGAAACUCUACAAAGUGUACGAAAAAAGAUAUAAAGAAACCCUCGGAUAUGGGAACCUCUAAUGGACUAGACUCGGAUAUGUUCCAUUCCAAAGAUAAUACGGAAUAUUCCCUCUUCAUUCAUAAACUUGCUUCCUGUACUGAUAAAGAGGCUUCGAAGUUUUUUUCUACCACUUGCUUGGGAUACAUUUUCCGUCAUCCUGUAACGGAGGAUCUUUUUCGUGAGUUUAUGUAUGAUAAUAUGUUUCCAAUGUUAGCUCUCAUGUCUACGGCUAUUGGUGUGGCGUUUAUCAUUACACUGGUCUUUUCACCACCACAUUUGGCCACUUGGUCUAAUGAUUUGGUUUUUGUUGUUGGUAUAGGGGAAUUGGUGAUUGGCGGUAUUUCAACUAUUUGGCUGAUAUAUAACCAUCUGUGUAGAAAAAAAAUAAAGAAGAAGCAAAAGUUGAAUAAAAAGCAUCAUCAACUAUUUGCUGAACGUUCCUUCUAUGAAAUAGGAUGUGUUCUCUCCCUUUUUCUAUCCGCCGUAACAUCUAUAACCCCUUUUACAGUUGUUAUCACCUGUUUUCGUUUCACUGUCUACCACUUCAGGCAAAGGCUUUCGGAAGAGAACAUAUGUUUUGAGAGUAUUUCUGCUCUGUUCUUAUUCACACCAGUCGUUUCCGCUACCAUUCUUCGCUGUCGUGCCAUCUUUGCCGUUCCAAUCAUCGCGUCCACGCUAUUCUAUAAGUUUGCCUAUCAGUUUUAUACCAAAAUUCUCUUUUGGGGAAUACUAUCAAGUUCUUUUUUUCCUCCCACUAUGCUGACAUUGAUUUGUGUGAUGUGUAUUGUGCAGGUACUAGUGACAGAGCGUAGACUGCGAUGUUUGUUUCGCGACUCCACUUUAUUUCACGCACAUGCCGAUCGGCUUUCACAACGGCAGCGGCAGGCACGACACCGACAAGAAAGUGGAAGAUUGAGUUCACAGUGUAGUCUACGCCGAACUCCCUCCUUUGUGACGACCGCCGCUGGGACGUUAGCCAUUGUGGAGGUGUGUGACUUUGCGGUGUGGAGUUGCACACAACUGCCGUAUCAUGUUGUGAAUUGCAUGAUUGCACUUUACACGGCCUUUGAUGAGACCGUGCGGGCAUUAAAAUUGCAGAAGUUGCGACACACCGGCGCUCAUUAUAUAUUCGCAGUGGGUGAACACAACGCGUCUAAUCCACAGAAGGGGUGUGUGUCCGUUAUGAAAGCCGCUCUUGAGAUGCUGGAUACCACAAGAAAGAUGAAUGCCAUGCUGAAACAACGGCAAGAAAAAGAAAAAAAAGAACGAGGAGGAGAAGGGGAAGUAUUAAAUGAUGGGGAUUGUACCUCACUGAGGGUGCGGGUGUGUGUUCAUCAUGGUCCCAUUACAACAGUCUACACGCAUCACUGCAAUGACAAGGAUGCCGAUGCCACUACUAGGAUUGCUCCGGUGGCCACUAUUAUUAGCGGUGAGGCCCACGCCGUACUGGAUGUUCUCAAAUGUCAUGCCCCACCAGACGCUGUCGUCUGCACAGCAGAUGCCAAACGCAUGUAUGGUGGCAUCUUUGCAGAUACGCCGUGUAGUAGCAUUACUCGACCAGGCAAGAACUCCGAAUCCAUUCUCUGCUAUCGCAUUACACAGAAUCCAAACAUCGCACAUAAUUCUACACUUGGCCCAAGAGAAGGUUUAGGCUUUUCAAAUGUUGCUGUUGCUAAUAAUAAUAAUAAUAAUAAUAAUAAUAAUAAUAAUAAUAAUAAUAAUAGUGGUGGUGGUGGUGGUGGUGGUGGCAGUCUCUCGGGUUUGUGGGGGUCUCGUGAAAUGGAUAAUCAUUUGCAGAAGUUAGCAGGUUUUCACACUACUGUACAGUCCUCUUCGUUUCGAAGAAGAUGCACAAGGGAAGCACCGUGUGUGCCGCAGUACGUUCCAGCAGAUAGUCUUCAUUUACUUGAGCGGACAAACAAAAACAUAGAAGCUAGACACGCAGCUGCACCUACGGGUCUACGCCGUUUUAUGCGGUCUCACAUCACGGAUGAUAGUACGCUGCUGAGAGAAGGGAUAGACGUAAAGGAAAAGGCAGAAUAUCACGUGAAUCCAUUGUCUGUGAAUCAACAUGAAGAAAAGUGUAAAGAUCGAUGCAAAACAGCAGAUCUCGCUUCUCCCAUAAUACAAUCUCCCACAAUUGGAGAACCAGAAUUUCAAAAGAAGUCGUCAUUUUCAGAUCAUACGGAACCUACAGUUGUUCCCUUUUCAGAUGUUCUUCUUGAGGUCAAUGGAGGAAAUGCUAUCCCUACACUUCCUGAUAAUGAUGAUAGAGUAGAUCCAGUUGAGGAAGAAACGAGAAAUUUUUUUAUUCGUGAAUUCAUUCAUCGUUUACGGCGUCAACUAUUAUGUGGGUGUGAAGGGAUACAUAUGGAGAAUGGCAAUAUAGACGAAAGUACUGCUGCUAUGAUUGCUUUUAGGCAAUUUACGCAUCACUAUGAUACGAUGCCUAAGCUCACAGGUCAUCUCUUUCAGACGAUAUGUUUCCUCUUCAUCUAUGUAUGUAGUGCAUUCAUCUCUGUUCGUGCGUCCUCUUCGGAGGAUAUGGAAUUGGGUAUGGAAAUCCGCAUAAAAGUAGAUGUUAAAGAGAGAGAAUGGAAAAGAGCAGGGUUUGUGUUGGGCGUGGUUGGCGUGAUAUGUACGAUGAUUCGACCUUUAGUAUUCUGGUUUUGUAGACAUUGUGCCUUGAAUAUUCUUUCGUCUCUUCUUUUGAUUGUGGAUAUUUUUUUAAUGGUGGCAUUCUUGCUGCAUGCACCUUGUAGUUCUGCAAGUAUCACGUUUGAGUACAUCUUUGUUUUUGCGGUACUACCCAUACAUCUUAUCUUUAGUAAUUGGAGUGCGACUGCCUGCGCUCUUACCGUCGUUGGAUUGAUUCCUGUGUUUACUUCCCUCUACCACGUUUUUGUGAGUCUUGAUUUCACAUUGUUUUCACUGAUCUUCCCUGUACUGACGGUUGCUCUCACUAUUACCGUUUUUCAGCGUUCGAGAUUGAUGCGAAAGCAGUUUAAACGAUAUAUGUACAAUAAAUCACAGUGUAUGGAUAGCAAGAUGGCUGUGAUUCAACAAAAACAAGAGGAAGAAAAAAAAGAAAAUCAAUAUCAUUGGAGUGGUUUACUCCCACCUCAUGUGAAGGAUGUGGCGAUGGCUAUGUGUUUAAAACAAGUACCGGAUGAUAUGGUGUAUGUUCAACCGCACACAGAACUGUGUGUGUGCCGUCUGCGUAUUGAUGAAUCCACAGAAACUUCAUUCCUUAUGAAAGAUAUUGUAACUCUCUUUAACUUCCUUGAAGGUAUUAGUUGUAAAUUGGAUAAUAUUCUCUGCGAAUGCAAUGCCCAUCACGCUAUAGUACUUAAAGAAAAGAUUCGUAAACGCAUGAUAGAGGAAGGCGUGGAUUAUAUUUUACAGCAAAAGUACAUUGAAGACAAUGUGGCUCUCAACCGUCUAGUGACAAAGAUGUUUAUCUCUGAAGGUACUUGGCAGUUUGCGGGUCCUCUAGAUGAUGAUAGCAGUUAUCCACCAUAUAUGCAGGAGUUAGUGGUACAGGAGGCGGCCUUGUGUAUUGUAAGUGUAAUGCAGAAAGCACAAGAAAAAGAAUUCUUGGAAGAGUUUUCACCACCAGAAGUAGUGGAUCUAAAUAGCACCACAGCGAAAACAACAGGAGGAAAUAUGGAUAGAAGUAUCACUAGUGUUGCUUCUGUGGGUCACGCCUACGGUCUUCUGCCAAGUUCCUACUGUCCGUCUCUGGAGUUGUGUGGACCUGCGGUGCGGGACUGCGCCACUUUGUUGAAGGCCGCACCGCAUGGAUUUGUGGGUGUAAAUCACACCUUCGCCCGCAUUGCGGAAUUGCGAGAGAAGAAGGGAGUAGAGAGAGAAGUGUGUGCGUCUCCCACACAGUGGGAUUCUCAGCCAGAUGUCCACAACACUCGUAUGGACUUUAGUGAAGAGAGUGUGCAGAUUAUCUCUCGAGGGGCUUGGCGUGUGCGGGGCAGCGGUGUGCAGCAUAUGUUUGCGCUCCUCCCCACACCGCAGUGA